AUGUCUUUCUUGCACGCGCAUGGACCGAUGCAGGUGCGUAUUGAUUUGGAGUGGAUUUCACCAUACAAUUUCACUCCCGAUGAAAACGCAUGCAAGCGUACCUCUUUUAUUACUAAUAUUACUUUCUUUCUUUCUUUCUUUCUUUCUUUCUUUCUUUCUUCAUAUCUAUCUAUUUAUCUUGGUCGAUUUGUUUGUUUCUUAACUUUAUCUAUCUAUCUAUCUAUCUAUCUAUCUAUCUAUCUUAGAUUAUUCAUUCAUUCAUUCAUUCAUUCAUUAUUAUUCAUUUUUUAUCUAUUUCUUCAUAUCUAUCUAUCUAUCUAUCUAUCUAUCUAUCUAUCUAUCUAUCUAUCUAUCUAUCUAUUCUACUCUCGCGUCUCAAGCAUCGCCAUGACAGCGUCCAGCUGCAGUAGACCUGUACACGCGCGCCACUCAUUUGCUGUCGAUGAGUGUCAUCGCCUGUUUCAUAAUUUCAAGGGAGUCCAGGUCAAAGGCAAGCCGCUUUCUACUUUCUUACCUUCAAAUAGAUCAAACAAUUCCUGUCAUUUAAGAAAUGGCGGUCAGCUUAAAACAUAUAUUUCCUUUCAUGAUAUUCUUUCUUUCUAUCUAUCUAUCUAUCUAUCUAUCUUAGAUUAUUUAUUUAAUUCCUUCUUUCUAUCGUUCCGCUUUGUCGUUCAUUCUUUCUUUCUUUCUUUCUUUCUUUCUUUCUUUCUUUCUAUCAUGGUUCGUUUGUUUCUUUCUUCACAUCUCUCUAUUUUUCAAUCUAUCCAUCAUUUUUUCGUUCGUUUGUUCACUCUAUUUGCAAAGUCGCUCUUAAAAAUUUUCUCUUUCAUUAUUUCUUUUAUUUCUUCUUUCCAUUCUCUCUCCCCCUUUCCUUCCCCCUCUCCCCCUUUCUUUAGCCUUUCUCUUCUUCUCAUCGCAGUAGUCGCAGCCAUACUUAUAGGACAUGAUAGUACGUGUCGACCAGAUGUUUACAUAAAAAGCCAUCACACAAAUAUUAUAUCACUGUCUCUUUAUAUCUAUCUAUCUAUCUAUCUAUCUAUCUAUCUAUCUAUCUAUCUAAAUAUAAAUUGA